UGACGUCAUUAACGCAGGUAUUGUCAAUGGCUGCUGGUUGCUGUGAAGCACGGCUGACAUAAAUGUACAAUUAUUGUUUUUAGCUCUUGGUUGUCUUCAUUUACCGGUCAAAGCUGCUUUUUAAGCCCACGAAUCUUGUCGAAAAGAGAUGCCUCCAAAGAAAAGAGGAAGUAAAAGGACAGUUAAUUCCGGUGAGCACGUGGAAAAUGACGCCGACUCCCCUCCCGCGCCUAAAGUCGGCCGCAGGACGAAGCCUCCGUCUCCUGCGGAGCCUUCCAGUGAGAAAAACACGGAGCAGCACUGUCACUGGCUCAUGAAAUCGGAGCCCGAGAGCCGCUUUGAGAAUGGCAUCGACGUCAAAUUUGGGAUUGAGGAUCUGAAGGCUUUGCCAAAUCAGACCGGCUGCUGGGACGGCGUCCGCAAUUAUCAGGCACGCAACUUCAUGCGUCAGAUGAAAGAGGGGCAGUCGGCUUUCUUUUAUCACAGCAACUGCAAAGAACCGGGAAUUGCAGGACUGAUGGAAAUAGUGAAGGAAGCUUACGUGGACCACACCCAGUUUGACAAGAAAGAUGUUCAUUUUGACGCCAGCAGCAAGCCAGACAACCCAAAGUGGAGCAUGGUUGAUGUGCAGUACCAAAGAAUGACCAAGCGUUUCCUUCCACUGGCCGAGCUCAAAAAGUACCACCUGCAGCAUCGUGCCAAUGGGGGUCCUCUGAAGGACAUGGCACUUUUCACCAGGGCCAGACUAUCUGUCCAGCCUCUCACCACAGAGGAGUUUGACUUUGUUCUGAGUUUGGAGGACCAAGAACCGCUUUGAAAGUUUUUGGAUCACGCUCUGCUUCAUUAAGAGGUGAAAUGACUCUUGCUAAUGUGAACAUAGCAUUGGUGAGGUGCUUGUCUUGGUCUCAUGAUGACUAUUUUGAUACAAACUGUAAUUAAACCGCUUAGGCCUAUUUAAGGUUA